AUGGAGAACCUUCCAGGUGAAAUUUUAUCAAACAUAUUCCUCCGAUUAUUGGCCAAACAGCUUGCUCAAAUGAGGUGCGUCUGUAAACCUUGGAAUGCUCUUUUAUCUGAAUCCUCCUUUGUAAAAUCCCACCUUCAUCAUUCUGUCCAUCACAAGGAUGAGAUUCUCUUGUUCUUCAGCCGGGCAUUUUCUUUUUACCGUAGUCCAUUCACAGCACACCCCUCUCGUUCCCCCGAUGUCAAACUCGAACCGACUAGUUUCAUCUCACUCCCGGUUAAUCCCCAACCUGAAUAUACUUAUGGUAACAUCAUUGGAUCUGUGAAUGGCUUAAUAUGCUUUUAUUACGGACCAGUUUCUUUGCCUUAUGUAAUUUACAUUUGGAACCCUUCUCUAUCGGUUGUGUUAACUCUCCCACCAUGUUCUUUGCCCUUGGGUGAUUUUUUGACAAAAAACCAUUUUCGGUUUGGGUAUGAUCCAAAAACCGAUGAUUAUAAAAUUGUGAAGUGUUAA